UCUUCAUGAUGAUGAUGAUGCCAAUAAUUUGAGUCGUAAAUAUUUAAGAUAAAAUGGCAGCCUCCAUGAGAAGUGAUGAUACACUGUUCAUCAAUACAGAAAAACCCGUGUUAGAGCCAUUACUGCUCCAAGGCUCUUGGUUGGGCACAGCAGCCAGCGGGCGUGAGUCUCCUAGAAGUUCUCUACAAUGUGUGCUAUGUCCUGAAAAACUUGAUAUUUCUGAAACUCUUGAUGCUUAUCUAAAGCAUUUAUUAGAAACACAUAAGUUUGUGAUUGCCGAUGUGAAUUUGAUAGCCAAUUUUAAAAGUUACUGUUUAUAUUGGAAAGAAAGAUUCAAGCAUGAUCCACUGAAAGAGUUUUGCUCAGAAAUACAAACUACAACAACAAAGAAGG